GCACCCACUAAGUCUAGUGGAGCUGUUGUGUGGAUACAUACACACAUUAACUCAAAAAAUGUUUCUAUUAAACAUGCUUCUGUCUACUCUACAGUUUGUUUCUUUUUGUUCAGCUGUUUUUCUGUUGUUUAACUGAGGUUGCAUGACUGUGAACGAAUCUUCAUCUCUGAGUGAGUGUAGAUACGAUUUCCACUUGAGGUCCUCCAGAAAAGCCUCUCUCCUGUUAAGUAUGUUCCAGAAAUACCACUUGGCUGAUGGCGACCAUUUAGCGAUCAUAUGUCUGGAACUGGAACGCGGAAGUUGGUCCACGAGAAAAAGGACCAUAACCAUCUCCCCCACUGCCACUUCCACUGCUUCCACU